CAGAAAUCGAAGAGAGAGAGAAAGAGCGAAGAGAGAGAAAGGGUGUAUCGAUCAAAGAGGAAAACAAAGAGAAGGGUCUUCUCAAAUUUCUGAUUCAGAAUCGUUCUGCAAGAAAUUUUUAGAGAGUUAAUUGGGGAAUGCGAAGCAAGAAUUUGAAGCAAUGGUGGGAGAAGCUACAUGAUGGGUCAGAGUUAGUAGUUAAAAAAGAUUUGAAGAAAAUAAGGCUGGAAGUGUUAUGUGAUUAAAUUUUGUGUUGAAUCUGAAUUUCGGGAGCUUCAAUAAGGUGAAAAUGGUGGGCGGUUUACUUGGAGUUGCAUGGACGUAUCUGGAUUUGGGGGUCUAGUUCAAUAAAGGGGAUGUUUGGAUGGUAAUUGUGAAUUUCGUGGUUGGUGUAGAAGAAUUUGUGAAUUAUCUUGAAUUUGGGGUUUUGGAGGGAGACUCAAUUUUAAUUGGAAGUUUGAGAUCUCAGGGCUUGGACUCGAGCCUCAAAUUGCUUUAGUGUUUGAAACUGAAGUGUUGGAGAUGAGCCAUAGCUUUGACCGUUUUAGGGUUUUUUUAGAGGGAUUGGAUAUUUGGAAACUGGGUUAUUGGAGAUGUAGCAGCUAAAAACCCUAACUCAUUGAAGGUGCUGUAAGGUUGUGUGCAAGUGUGUGUUUCUGUUAUAUUGAUUUUAGUGUAGAGAUAGAGACAGAGAGAGAUGCAACCACCACAUCACUAUUCGCGGAUCAAUCUUGCUGAAUUGAAAGCUCAGUUAGUCAAGAAAGUUGGGCCAGAGGGGUCAAAGCAAUACUUUUAUUUCCUUCAUAUGUUCUUGAGUUUGAAAUUGAGUAAGGUUGAGUUCAAUAAGCUGUGUCUUAGAAUUAUUGGCCGGGAGAAUAUUCCCCUUCACAAUCAGUUGAUUCGUUCAAUACUGAGAAAUGCUUGUAGUGCAAAGACACCACCGCCGGCCAAUCAGAAGGAUGAUGUUUCGAGACAUGGUGUGCACCUUGCCGGCAAGGAUAUGUCCACUGACAGUCUCCUGCAAAACGGGUCCCACGCCAAUGUAGCUCAGGCUUCUGGUUCACCCUGUUUAUCAAAUGGAGGUGGUGAUCUGCUACCUCUCUCGCCUCGAAAGGUCAGGACGAAUAUCCGUGACCGGAAAACUGGUGACCGUCGUAGUGCCCUUGGACCUAAUGGGAAGGCUAGUUUUGCUACCCACCUUCCUGCUGCUACUCUGUCAAGUGACUUUGGUGCUGUGUUGGAGAAUGGAGAUUUGAAUCCACCUGAUAUGAGAAGGCUACUGAAGCAAUCAGGGAGCGAAAAUGAGAUCUUGGCCCCAAAUGCUGCUAAAAUGUCCAUCGAUAGGAGAUCUCUGGAUGUUUCAGCUCCUUCAUGUAGCAAAGAUCAAACUGAGUUGAUCGUCAGUGAUGAUGGGAAUGAGGCUUCUGCUAGGAGUCCACUUCGAGCUCCCCUUGGGGUUCAGUUACGUCCUGUUAGCAUUGGUGGGGCACACAGAGCUCUGCCUCUAUCGAGGAGCAGUAGAUGUCUUGGCUCAUAUAGCAAUGGUUCUUUGUUGGACAGUCUAACAUUAAGGGAACGGAUGGAGCAGAUUGCUCUCGUACAGGGUCUUGAAGGGGUUUCAGUGGAUUCUGCCAACAUAUUGAACCACGGUUUAGAUGCUUACAUGAAAGGAUUGAUUAGAUCGUGCAUCGAGCUUGUAGGGUCAAGAUCGGGGCAUGAGACAACGGAGAACAAACCCAACAAGCAUCCCAGUUAUAUGAAGCUGAUAAACGGUGUAAAACCAGGUCAUCAAUAUCUGAUGCAACAUAGUGGGAAGACGAUGGAAGUGCAAGACCAAAGAAGUCAGUCCCCCAUUUCGUUACAGGACUUUAGAGUAGCCAUGGAGCUGAAUCCUCGAAAACUUGGUGAAGACUGGCCGUUGUUACUGGAGAAGAUAUGUACACAUGCAUUUGAAGAAUAGCGGGGAGCUCCCAUUUUUAUGGUUCAUAGUUGAGUAAUUAGUCCUACUGGAUCUCAAGGCAUGCUUGUGCUGCCACUCUUCUGGCCCUGGUGUGGAUUUAGUAGCUCAAAUUCAUGACCGGUCCAGGGCAAAAGCAGGAAUAUCUAUUCCAUUCUGCUUCUGGCUUCUCUUCAAUCCAAAAAACCCAUUAUUAGCGACCACUGUGAUGAGCUGAAUGCACGAAUCUAAGGUCGCGCUCGCUGUUGUAUGAUUAGCUUGAUCCCAAGUUCUUUUUUUUGUUUCUUUGUCCUGUAAUUUACAGUGAGAAAUUUGUAGAACAGUUUUGCAGGAAUAAUUUGUGUAGUUCAGUGGAAAAAGUGGUGGGGUUGCAUGAUACAAUAGUCAUGUGUAUGUACCAUCCAGAUUGGUUGGGAUCUUAAUAUUAACAAUACAGUUUAACCACUUGCUUCCAUUCUGUGCUCUGUCCUCUCCUUCUUUGAUAACAUUUUACAUUACUGUUUCCAAAA